AUGUCACCAUCCACCCAACAAGUACACGAACUGAACCAAUCAAAUGAUUCCACUGAGUUGAACAACGAUAUCCCACUUAUUGAAUUAUCUAGUUUUAAACAUGAUUCAAUAACUUUCCAUAAACAAGAUUCGUCAUAUUGGUUUUAUGAAAAACUGAAACAAUCAUUCCCGGGUCAGUCAUUUGGAUUACAAGUAGAACAAAUCUUGUAUCACACCCAAUCACCAUUCCAAGAUAUUUUGAUAUUUAAAAGUACAAAUUUCGGUAAUGUUUUAGUAUUAAAUGGGAUUAUACAAUGUACUGAAAAAGAUGAAUUUGCUUAUCAAGAAUUAAUCACACAUUUACCAAUUAUGUCACACCCAUCACCUAAAAAAGUUUUAGUUAUUGGUGGUGGUGAUUGUGGAGUCAUUCGAGAAUUAAUUAAACAUGUAAAUGAUCAAACUGUACGAGAAAUUACCAUGGUGGAAAUUGAUGAUAUGGUUAUUAAAUUACUGACGAAAUUUUUACCAGAAAUGGCUAAAUAUCAUAAUCAUCCUAAAGUGAAUUUAAUUAUUGGUGAUGGAUUUGAAUUUUUGAAAAAUAGUAAAGAGAAAUAUGAUGUUAUUAUCACUGAUUCUUCUGAUCCAGAUGAUGGCCCGGCAGAAGAAUUUUUCCAAAUUAAUUAUUUCAAAUUAUUAUUGAAUGCUUUGAAUGAAAAAGGUAUUGUCAUUAUGCAAUCGCUGGAAAAUAUAUGGUUAAAUUUACCAUAUUUGAAAGAAUUGAAAUCAAAAGCAGCUUCAGUAUUUUCUAAUGUCAAAUAUUGUCAAUGUUAUAUGCCAAGUUAUACUUCUGGUCAAUUAGGGUUGAUAAUUGCUACUAUGGAUACUGAAAAGGAUUUGGUUAAUCCAUUACGGAAAUUUGAUCACGAAAAAGAAUUGAAAUUGUUUAAAUACUACAAUCAACACAUUCAUACAAAUUCAUUUGUUUUACCUACAUGGGCAGAUGAUUAUUUGAAUAAUUGA